UAGAAUAUAAUUUUCAACUCGCAGCAGUGGCCUUCAAUUUCUUUUACCGCUCCCUAGAAUUUGAUACCGCAUCAAAAACCAAACUGGGUCGCUCUUUCCUCGUGCUCUUAAUCGUUGGGUCUCCGUUUCCGAAAUUUCACAGAUUCUGCAUUCUCACCUGGAAGACCAGUUUCUCUCUCUCUAAAAUUCUAUUUUUUAUCUUCUUUCUCUGCAUAGGCAAAGGUAUUAAAGGAUGAUAUAGCUACGGUAUCAGAAUCCCUUCCGCAUUUUUGGCUUGCAGGGGUAAACUUUCCUUCUACAAAGCAUUGUAGAGUAAUGCCAUUAAUGACCCAAUGCCAGAUACUGGAUAUAAGCAGAAGGACAUUCUCCCCUUGCAUCCAGUUCCAGGCACGUUGCGCCCACAUAUUACUAUAGAGUUGAAGGGGGAUACGUUCCAUAAAAGUUGAAAUCACUUGGAAACUCUGCUUUGGCCAACUGCAUCUUAGGGAGAAAUGAACGGGAAUACUUCUGAUCUAGAGGAUGAAAAUAUAGACUGGGACUCUGAAGAUGAGCGUGAAAUUGAUAACAUCCCUUUAUCAUCUAAUUCAAGUUUGACAGUUCCUGGUAGAGAAGCAACAACAGGCUCUGCAGAGGCAAGCUUAUCUGCAGGUUCCUCCAACUCCAAGUUAUUUGAUCAUUUUGUGGGCAUGGGAUUUUCUGAAAAGAUGGUUUCGAAGGCAAUGCAGGAACAUGGUGAGGAAAAUGCAGACUCUAUUUUGGAAACUCUCCUCACAUAUUCGGCUCUUGAAGAACCUCCUCUAGAACAACGAAUUGAAUCUGAUCAGUUUUCUACGGAUAAUGAUGGGAGCUUUGUUGAUGAUUUCUCGGAUAUAGAUAGUUUUUCUGAUAAUGAGGAAAUUACAAAUUCUAUUUCUGGUGAGCAGAACAACUUGAAGUCCUUGGUAAAAAUGGGUUACACUGUGCAGGAGGCUUCAAUAGCAAUAGAAAGAUGCGGCCUUGACUCCUCACUUGCUGAGUUGACAGAUUUUAUAUGUGCUGCUCAAAUGGCAAAGGCAGCUGAUGCCCAUCUAGCAGAAUUUGACCUUGAAGAGAAGCCAAGGCCAAAUAUUCUCAAGAAAAGGAGAGGCAAUGAUUAUGAGAUUUGGAAAAAGAAAAAACAGAGGGGAUUGGAGAGUAGGGUCUUGACAGAAGAUGAUGAGACAAUUCGUCUUCCAAAUCCGAUGAUUGGAUUCGGGGUUCCAACUGAUCCGUGCCUUACAAUUCGUAGAACAAUUCCAGAUGCAGCCAUAGGGCCUCCAUACUUUUAUUAUGAGAAUGUGGCACUUGCUCCAAAAGGGGUUUGGAACACUAUUUCGCGAUUCUUAUAUGAUGUGGAGCCAGAAUUUGUGGAUUCAAAAUAUUUUUGUGCUGCUGCCAGGAAGAGAGGUUAUAUCCACAAUCUUCCAAUUGAAAAUAGGUAUCCUCUUCUUCCUCUUCCUCCACAAACCAUACAUGAGGCAUUACCCCUGACAAGGAGAUGGUGGCCUUCUUGGGACACAAGGACGCAACUGAAUUGUUUACAAACAUGCAUUGCAAGUGCAAAACUAACAGAAAGGAUCCGGAAGGCUCUUGAAAAACAUGAUGGAGUUCCGCCUUUGCAUGUCCAAAAGUAUGUUCUUGAUGAAUGUCGCAAAUGGAAUUUGGUAUGGGUGGGAAGGAACAAGGUUGCCCCACUAGAGCCAGAUGAAGUAGAAAUGCUUUUGGGGUUCCCAAGGAACCACACAAGGGGAGGUGGAAUAAGUAGGACUGACCGAUAUAAGUCACUUGGCAAUUCGUUCCAGGUUGACACUGUUGCAUACCAUCUCUCGGUGUUGAAAGAUAUGUACCCAGGUGGCAUCAAUCUCCUCUCUCUUUUCACUGGUAUUGGUGGUGCUGAAGUAGCACUCCAUCGGCUUGGCAUUCCCCUGAAGAAUGUUGUUUCGGUAGAAAUUUCAGAAGUAAACAGGAAUAUUGUCCGGAGUUGGUGGGAGCAAACAAACCAGAGAGGGAAUCUGGUUGACCUUGCUGAUGUGCAACAGCUAAAUGGCGAUUGCUUGGAGAAGUUGAUGAACUCAUUUGGUGGAUUCGACCUUGUAGUAGGUGGGAGUCCUUGCAACAAUCUCGCUGGUAGCAACAGACACCACCGAGACGGACUUGAAGGGAAAGAAUCUUCACUCUUUUAUGAUUAUUUUCGAAUCCUAGAUUUGGUCAAGUGUAUUAUGACAAGAAAUGAAGAUUGAGUGCUUAUGCUUCGGAACUGUAAUAAAUUAGACUUCCAUGGAAGAAUACCAUUCAAUUUUUUCCUCCCAAUCAAGCAUUGGCUUUGUUUCUAAGGAAAUGAAGUUUUGGAGAGGGAGAGUCAAGUUGUUGAAUACUAGUUUAAUUUUAUCAUUUUUUUUUUGAA